AUGGACCCGUACCACGCGUAUCUGAAAACAAUCGUUCGCGAUGCCGCGCAUCAUGACGGUCGGGGUGUGGAGAGUAACAGUGACGUUCCGCAGAAAGUGAAGGAGUACGCUCACCUUCUGAGAGGCGCAUUCGAACUUCCAGCGUGGGUGAAGGAGGAAUUACAGAGUUCGUCUCGCACGACAUGCCGACCUCAGGCACGCGGAGACGGCGAGAAAUCAAGAGACGCAUCCCUGAGGCAUAUCUUCAACGCCGUUCUCAACGACUGCGCCAGCAUAAGAAAUGUCCUUUGCGCCGAUGAGGAGAUCGGCACAUGUAGUCCGAAGGAAUCAUUCCUCUGCAUAUUGGUUCGGAAUGCGCUAUGCAUCACCAGACGAGAUCUGGUUGUGGACGAAGAGGCUCUGGUUGCGUUGCCUCGACAUUGGUGUGGAGAGCUGAGCCCUCUAUUCCGCUACAUGAGUACUUGCGUCUGCGCGCCUCUGCUAGUGUCUAUUGCCGCAGGUGUCCCUCUCACUUCGCCAACAGUCGAUCCGCAAGACGAGGGUUGCGAUGGCGAGACUGUCGAGACUGGGAGCGGGAAUAGCGGCCACGGGGAUGUUCAGGAAAGCAGCAAUGGGUGUUCACCACACGAUGACAGCGAUGCUGUAAAUUCUGAGGUGAUCCGUGUACAGCAACGUCCUGGUGCUCUGCCAGUCUAUAUCGUGCCGCACCGCUCGCUCUCUGUAUCGGAAUGGCUGAGACUUCCUGCGGUGGAGAGGGUCGACUAUGAGGACACCGACGAGGAUGAGGCAGACAUUGAUCAACAGAGUAUUGCUG